AUGGUUGCUCGCAUCUGCUCGUUAAAGACACGUCGAGGGGUACACUUCAGGACCAGCCGUACACUCGGCUACACACCCAGCUGUAAUGGAGCCUCACUGUUGUGUGCCCAAAUCUCAAAGAGAAAAAAAAAUCCUACUGUGGACACUGGACAGACUUUCCACCGUUUCCUCAAAGGGCAGGCACUUCGGCGUGAAUGGAUAAAUCACAUCCAGAGGGAAUCUGGUCCAUAUUUCAAGAUCAACGCUGAGACCAAUGUUUGCUCUGAACACUUUGAGAAGCAGUGCUUUGUGAAGACCGCCUGUGGAAUCACAAAGCUUAUAAAGCAUGCUGUGCCAACCUUGUUCGUCUGGACUUCAGAGAGGCCAAAGAUGAGAAUCAUCAUUCGUAGACCGAGUAUGGAUUCCAUGGAGGUGGAUGAAAACCAGCCUGAUGAGAGAAGGGAUGCCUUGAGCAGAGGUACCUCCUCCACACCCGUACCAUGAUUAUGCUGUUCCACCACCAGAGGCCAGAGACACCAGAGGAACAACUUGAGGCGGCUCGCAAGCACA